GUAUUGGCUGUCUUGAGGAAUGCGGUCGCCCCCUUGGGAAGGUACAUAUCUGGGAUCAGCAGGCGUCUGUGCGCUCGCACUCCGGAUCGGCCUCCCCACCGCGCUCUUGCCUCCCCGCUCCCGCCGCCGCAGCCCCAGGGCCCCUCGCCGCCGCCACCAUGGACGCCAUCAAGAAGAAGAUGCAGAUGCUCAAGCUCGACAAGGAGAACGCCUUGGAUCGAGCGGAGCAGGCGGAGGCCGAUAAGAAGGCGGCAGAGGACAGGAGCAAGCAGCUCGAGGAGGACAUAGCGGCCAAGGAGAAGCUGCUGCGGGCGUCGGAGGACGAGCGGGACCGGGUGCUGGAGGAGCUGCACAAGGCAGAGGACAGCCUCCUGGCCGCCGAUGAGGCCGCCGCCAAGCUGGAAGAUGAGCUGCUGUCGCUGCAAAAGAAACUCAAGGCCACCGAAGAUGAACUGGACAAAUACUCCGAGGCUCUCAAAGAUGCCCAGGAGAAGCUGGAGCUGGCGGAGAAAAAGGCCACCGACGCUGAAGCCGACGUAGCUUCUCUGAACAGACGCAUCCAGCUGGUUGAGGAAGAGUUGGAUCGUGCCCAAGAGCGUCUGGCAACAGCUUUGCAGAAGCUGGAGGAGGCCGAGAAGGCAGCAGAUGAGAGUGAGAGAGGCAUGAAAGUCAUUGAAAGCCGAGCCCAAAAGGAUGAGGAGAAAAUGGAAAUUCAGGAGAUCCAACUGAAAGAGGCCAAGCACAUCGCUGAGGAUGCCGACCGCAAGUAUGAAGAGGUGGCCCGUAAGCUGGUCAUCAUUGAGAGUGACCUGGAGCGUGCAGAGGAGCGGGCUGAGCUCUCAGAAGGCAAAUGUGCCGAGCUUGAAGAAGAGUUGAAAACUGUGACGAACAACUUGAAGUCACUGGAGGCUCAGGCUGAGAAGUACUCGCAGAAGGAAGACAAAUAUGAGGAAGAGAUCAAGGUCCUUUCUGACAAGCUGAAGGAGGCUGAGACUCGGGCCGAGUUUGCGGAGAGGUCAGUAACUAAAUUGGAGAAAAGCAUUGAUGACUUAGAAGACGAGCUGUACGCUCAGAAACUGAAGUACAAAGCCAUCAGCGAGGAGCUGGACCACGCUCUCAACGAUAUGACUUCCAUGUAAAUGUUCAUCCACCCUGCCUGAUCACACCCGUGCCCUCAUGCUAAUAUGAUAAAUUCGCCACCACUCCCUUCUGUGUCUCCAGAAUCUCCAUCUUUACACCUUUAUGCUCACUGUCUUUGCAUAAUCUAGGAUAGUCAUUGUUUUUUCACAUUCUACUAACAUAAAGGCCAAGUGGAUUGUCUGUCUAUACAAACCAUUUUCCUUUCAGAAUCCAUUCAUUUCACAUUGUCUCAGCUAGAUCGUUCCCAUGAAGCAGUGAACUGGGAUAUGUGUGACUUGGGCACUGUCCUUUUAAGAAAUUAAACUAGGCUCAAGUAGAAUUGGUAGGCCACGCAAUUGUGCAGGAAUUUCCCAAGAAAUAUCAAAAGUCGGUUUCCUGAGAUUCAAUUAAAUACAAUGUGAACAUUUUUCGUAAAAAAUAAUAAAUUUAAGGAACCCAACACUGUCAGAUGACUGAGGCUCUUAGAGAAGGGAAAUUGAUCCAGAACAGCAUAAAGAAUGUUGCUGUAAAAAGUCACAUCUUCCUUUUAAGAAUUCUAGACAGAAAUGAACCCUCUGCCGGGUAGCCAAGCCUUUAAUUUUCUGUUUCUAUAAAAAGAAUUAACAUACAAACACCACAACCUGUGUCAAAGAAAUGGGACAUAAAACACAGAUGGUGUUAUAUGAGUUUGGGAGUUAAUGGCCCAGCUUUUACUACUGCUGGGCAGUAAGAGUGGAGUAGAUAGUCUUAAUCUCACGAGAACCUGGAGCAUACACGACUAAGGUACAUAUUACUAACCAAACCUGAAUGUUAAGCUUUUUCUGCCCCUCUAAAUUCUAACCUGGAAUGUUUCACAGAGGCUUCCUUUUAAUCUCAUAAGAUGGCACUGAAUUCCAUGUAAGCUGGAAAUUACAGUUUCCUGGCCCACCUGUCAUUCCUUUACCCGUGCAGAAAAAUGGUAGCUUGAAGAGUGUUGGCAAGUGCCUGCUGCCUUAUAGAUUAUAGAAUCGCCACACUACCCUUUGAGACAUCACUGUCACCAUGGAAACUAGAGAGAAUUCCAUCCUCUCUUCCCUCAUUUGUAAAUGAGGGGAUGGAUCAGAUCAUCUGUCUCUCAGUGCUAAAAUGUGGUGAUUCUAUGAGAAAAACUUUUAGCAUUAAGUAUGGUUAAAUAUUCUGAAAGGUGGGUUUAGCUUAAAAUCUGUUUUUAAGUUCUGUUCAUGGGUCUUUUGCAAUGAAACUCCCCCAGAAGGGGCUUGUGCUGGCCUCGGGUCCAGACACUGGUGGGCAAGGAUUGACAUCCUCCCGUAGGUGUGGCUGGCAGCAGGUUUUGCAUGUCUGCUUCUUACCUGUGUUUCAAAUGCUGCUCUCAUCUGUUAGUUUAGCUUCCCUGUUUUCCAUUGUGCCACUUUUUUCCUUUUUCUCCCACCUUUUCUCUUCAUGAAGAUAAGUCUCUUUGCUUCACUUCUCGCACGACCCCUUCAUCAAGCUGGAUGUCCCUCCUCUCUGAGUUCUGCAGUUUGUUCUCCAGCUGACCCUGGUUCUUUCUUUCCACAUCCUGCCUUAGGGCCAGGCACACGCUGUGCUUCCUAUUGUACAGAAGCUCCUCAUUGCAGUGUAAAAUAAACACUGUGUAAGCUA